AUGGCCGAACCCAUCCCAUCCGCCGCCACAGACGGCGCCGACGACGAAACAUCCCAGAACCUGCCCAAGAACGCCGAAGACCGCAAGGCCGCCGCGGCUCUCAACGCCCUCAAUGCCAACGACAUGUCGCAAGAGAAUGGCGAGACGACCACGAAACAACCUUCGGCGGCGGACCAGGAGGCGUUGGGGAAAGCCAUGUCUCGACUAGAGAUUGCCAGUGGAUUGGGAAAGAAGACCGACGACACCAAAAAGGCGGAAGGGACCAAAAAGGACGUCGAGGUCAAGAAGAAGAUUAAGAUUGCUGCGGAAGAUGUGAAUUUCUUGGUUGAGGAGCUCGACCUGUCCAAGGUCAAGGCGACAGACCUUCUGCGGUCGCAUGAAGGCAAUGCAACAGAGGCUAUUAAGAGUUUCCUGAGGCCGUAG